GGAUUCGUGUUCAGAGUCUUACCAAAGGUCAAAUCAUAAUGGAUAUUGAUUUCCGUUGGGGUGGUGAUCCUAGUAUUAUUUUGGCUGUUGAGGCUGCACUUGUUGCAUCAAUCCCUAUUCAGUUGAAGGAUCUACAGGUUUUCACCAUUAUCCGUGUUAUAUUCCAACUUUCUGAAGAGAUCCCUUGCAUUUCUGCUGUUGUUGUAGCUCUACUUGCUGAGCCAAAGCCAAGGAUUGACUAUACUCUGAAAGCUGUUGGUGGAAGUUUAACAGCUAUUCCUGGAAUCUCAGAUAUGAUUGAUGAUACUGUGAAUUCAAUUGUUACUGACAUGCUUCAAUGGCCCCAUAGGAUUGUGGUUCCACUUGGUGGUAUUCCUUGUGAUCUAAGUGAGCUGGAGCUUAAACCCCAAGGAAAACUUUCAGUGACUGUAGUGAAAGCGACUGCUUUGAAGAAUAUGGAAAUGAUUGGAAAGUCAGAUCCGUAUGUAGUUGUGCAUAUUCGACCAUUGUUCAAGUAUAAAACCAAAGUUGUUGACAACAACUUGAAUCCUACUUGGAAUGAGAGAUUUGAGUUGAUUGCAGAAGACAAGGAGACCCAAUCACUCAUUCUAGAGGUUUUUGAUAAAGACAUUGGGCAAGAUAAGCGAUUGGGAAUAGUUCAGGUACGCCUUAAUGAUCUAGACUCACAAACUGAAAAGGAGAUGGAAUUGAGGCUGCUGUCAUCACUUGAUACACUGAAGGUGAAAGAUAAGAAGGAUCGAGGAACCUUGACAAUAAAGGUCUUAUACUAUCAGUUUAACAAGGAAGAACAACUGGCUGCACUAGAAGAAGAGAAAAAGAUACUAGAAGAAAGGAAGAAAAUGAAAGAAGCAGGAAUGAUAGGAAGCACAAUGGAUGCACUAGGAUCUGGUGUUGGACUGGUUGGUACUGGUGUUGGACUGGUUGGUACUGGUGUUGUGGCCGGUGCCGGUCUUAUGGGAAGUGGCGUUGUGGCCGGUGCCGGGCUAGUUGGCAGUGGCAUCGGUGCUGGAGCAGGGCUAGUUGGCAGUGGUUUUGGAGCCGUUAGCAGUGGAUUGAGCAAGGCAGGGAAGUUCAUGGGAAGGACAAUCACAGGCCAUAGUGGCUCUAAAAAGAGUGGCUCUUCAACUCCAGUCAAUAAUGCACAGGAGAAUGGUGGUGGUGCAAAGCCUCUUUGAUUCUUUUCUUUGUGUAUUGUAAGACUAAUGAAUGAAUCUUUGCAGCUUCAGGCUUUGAUAAUAGAUAGAUUACAUGUGUAUUUGUUGCUUUAUUUUCUUACCAUAAUGUUUUCUCCAUGGCUGUUAUAAUGUUUCCUCCAUGGUUGUAUCAUCUUUGUCUGUGAUUAUGUUUACCUGAAUUUGUAUUUAAACUCAACAAAUUUUAAGCAUUCCUUAUUCAGUUCACCUA